AUGUCGGUUGUCACAAAGAUUCGAGUCUUUGCUAUUGAGACACUCGCUCUCGAUGGCUUCAGCAAUCGCAUCUGCCUCUGCCCUCUCCCCUCGCUAUACGCCGUCGCUGCUUGCCGUCGACUUGUUCUCCCCAACGGCUGUCGUCUCGUCAACGCCCACGACACAAAACGAGCCCCUCAUCCCGUUACCCGUCUGGCCAUCAGGUUGUUUGCCCUAACCGGCCGCAACGACUUGCCUCCCAGACCAGCACAACACCGACGCAAUGCUUCGCAAUCGCCAUACGAUAUAAUCAUGCUAACUCACUUGCCAGAACCCUUUUGCCUACCUCGCGACCCCUGCACAGGCAACGACAGUGACGGCGAGGAGAAGCCCGUCGUUCCUGUCAAGACCGUUGACAAGAACACUGCUCGCACUACUAAGCGCAAUGUCGAGCCCCAAGCUCCCGUAAGGACCGGAGGUGCUGGCGGUAACCGCCGUGGACCCGGUGGUAACGAGGGUGCCUUCCAAGACCGUGGUGCCGGCAGCGGCCGAAACCAGAAGCGAUCCACCGAGGAGACUCCUCGCGAUGGUCCCCGAGGCGGCGCUGGUGCCCGUGUUCGUGGUGGACGUGGUGCUAGACGCGGUAACGAACGCGAGGACCGACACCAGACCAAGUUCGGCGGUCACGGUGGCUCUGACAAGCAGGCUGCCCAAUCCUGGGGUGCCAACGAGGGUACUGCUGAGCUUAAGGACGAGCAGGCUGGCGAGGCUAUCGCUAAGGACGAGCAGAAGGACGCCGCCGCUGAGGAGGCUGCUGCUGCUGAGGCUGCCGCCGAGGAGGAGGCCGAGAAGCAGGUCUCUUACAACGACUACCUCGCCCAGCAGGCUGAGAAGAAGGCCGCUCUUGAGUCUGGUCUUAAGGUCCGCGAGGCCAACGAGGGCAGCAAGCUCGACAAGAAGUGGGCCAACGCCAAGCCCCUCGAGAACGAGGAGGAGGAGUACUUCUCCCCCGCUGGAGGCAAGGCUCAGCGACAGCGUGAGCGCAAGGUCAAGCAGACCAUUGACUUCGACCCUCGAUUCGUCGAGCCUGAGCGCACCGGUGGUGGCCGAGGUGGUGCCCGCGGUGGCCGUGGCGGCCGUGGUGGUCGUGGCGGAGAGCGUGGUGGUGACCGUGGCCGUGGUGGUAACAACUCCCGUGGCGGUCGCGGCGGCGCUCCUCAGGGAGCUGCUAAGGGCAGCGCUGCCAUCAACACCAGCGACCAGUCCGCUUUCCCCAGCCUCGGCGGCAACUAA